CAGCCCUUUAAAGUGUGACCAGCUGUUGUGCAGGGGAAAAUUGACUUUGAGUUGUACCGCGUGGAAAUCUAUAAACAAAUGAGUGAAUUCAACAAGUACUGCGAGGAAGCCGCAGACGUGGACCUGCCCAGCUCGGAGGAUGAGGAAGAAAUCGUCGAUGAGGACACAUGCAACGCCCAGGAGCUGGCCGACAAAUUCCAGAUCAAGUACAAGCCGCUGGACGAAUGCGGCGUUUCCCUGCAACGGGAAUAUGUGCUUAGUCUGGACGCUGACAGGGGAUUCUCGAGGAUAGCGGCGGGACUGUCGAGUUCUGCGGUGCAAAUAUUUAACAUGGACGACGGUGGCAAAUUGGCCAACUUUAGCUUCUUGCCGGCCACCGAAAAGAAGGUUGUUAGCACAUGCGGCGUUAAGUUCCUGGACGACGGACCUGACAACGUACUGGUGGGCACCACCGAUGGCUACGUGCGCCUUUACGACCUGCGUGUAAAGGGCGAGCUGGCGAGGUUCCACUACGAGAAACAGUCCAAUGAGGUGCCGCCGGCACCCAAGUCGUUCACUGCCUUCGACAGAAACGCCAACGGUAGGGUUAUCUGCUGUGGCACGGACCAGCACAUGAGUAACGUGUUCCUGGUGUUCUUCGAUGUCCGGGAGCGCCGACAGAUGGGUGUCUACUGCGACAGCCACGAGGACGACAUCACUUCGGUGCGGUUUCAUUCUCAGAAUCCGGAUCUUCUGACCACUGGCAGCAUCGAGGGACUGAUCAAUGUGUUUGACAUAAAGCAGCCAGACGAGGACGAGGCCCUGUUGAACACCGUAAACACGGAGAGCAGCGUGGCUCGCCUGAGAUGGCAUCGGAACGUGUACGACAAGGACAUUAUAUCUUGCAUCACGACCACGAGCGACUUCAAGAGCUACGAGUGCGAGGAGGGCGACGAAGUACACUCCUUCGAGCGCCCAGAUGUCACAGCUGCCAUUAGGCGCAAGAAUGCAGCCAACUUUAACCUUAUCAAUGCCCACAACCAGGAGGACGGCGAGGUGUUCCUCUUGGCGGGCACAAACUUUAACAAGGGGGAAAUCCUGCGAUCUGUUAACGUUUCCGCCAAGAAGGAGCUCCAACCGCUGGCCAAUUUCCAGGAUAACAAGCAAAUAGUGAGGGACAGCCUGUUUGAUUCAAAGCGAGGAUUGCUGGUUACGGGUGGCGAAUCCGGCAUUGUCACCGUUUGGUCAGCGGAAUCGAGUGGAAAUGCCCCAAGCAGUGACAAGUUGAAGUCUAAGAAGGAAAAGAAGUCGCGCAAGAAGGCGCCCUAUUAAAUGUUAUUAUUUUUACAAUAA